CCUUCGGGAGGGCCCUUCGAGUUGUUGGUCGAAAAUGCCGCGAGAUAACUUCGCCGAGCCGAGAGAGCAAGAGGUGUCCGGUGCUACUGUCAUCGCCCGGGCGCUGCUAGCGCAAGAUGUGAAGUACAUGUUUGGCAUCGUAGGCAUCCCAGUGACCGAGAUCGCCCUUGCGGCCCAGGAAUUGGGCAUCAGGUACAUCGGGAUGCGGAAUGAGCAAGCGGCUUGUUAUGCUGCCUCUGCGAUUGGAUAUUUGACUGGCAGGCCAGGAGUGUGCCUUGUUGUUUCUGGCCCAGGUCUUAUCCACGCCUUGGGUGGGAUGGCAAAUGCAAACAUAAACUGUUGGCCCUUGAUUGUGAUUGGUGGUUCCUGUGAACGAAAUCAAGAGGCAAUGGGAGCCUUCCAGGAAUUUCCUCAGGUAUCUAAUUCUAAUAUUUUAACAAAAUUCAGUGCGAUACCUAUCAAUAUCCCAACCUCAUUCUUUAAUGAAAUAGAAGAAGCAGUGAGAAAUAGUAUCUAUGGUCGUCCAGGUGCUUGUUAUGUUGACAUACCUGCAGAUUUUGUGACCCGUCAGGUGGAUGUGUCUUCUGUAAAGUUCAAGGAGUGCUGCCUGCCACCUCCUAUUAGCAUGGCAGAUACCUCAGCUGUAAAUAUGGCAGCAUCUGUUAUUAGGAAUGCCAAACAGCCCCUUCUUAUCAUCGGGAAAGGAGCUGCUUAUGCUCAUGCAGAGGAGAGUAUCCAGAAAUUGGUGGAACAAUGUAACUUGCCAUUUCUGCCCACCCCUAUGGGGAAGGGUGUGGUCCCUGACAACCAUCCAAACUGUGUAGGUGCAGCCAGAUCCAGGGCUUUGAAAUAUGCUGAUGUGAUUGUGUUAUUUGGUGCAAGACUAAAUUGGAUGUUACAUUUUGGACUGCCUCCAAGAUAUCACCCACAUGUGAAGUUUAUUCAGGUUGAUAUCUGUGCAGAAGAAUUGGGGAAUAAUGUAAGGCCUGCAGUGACUUUGCUGGGCAAUAUAAAUGCUGUUACUGAACAGCUUUUAGAACAAUUUGAUAAAACACCAUGGCAAUAUCCUACAGAGACCAAAUGGUGGAAGGCUCUGAAGGAGAAAAUGGAGAGCAAUGAAGCUAUAUCCAAGGAGUUAGCUUCCAAAAAGUCCCUACCUAUGAAUUAUUACACAGUAUUCUACCACAUUCAAGAACAGCUACCCAGAGACUGUUUUAUAGUAAGUGAAGGAGCAAAUACUAUGGACAUUGGACGUACUGUGCUUCAAAACUAUUUUCCUCGUCACAGGCUUGAUGCUGGCACUUUUGGAAUAAUGGGUGUUGGUUUGGGAUUUGCUAUUGCAGCUGCUCUAGUGGCUAAAGAUAGAAACCCCAAGCAGCGGGUCAUCUGUGUGGAAGGAGACAGUGCCUUUGGCUUUUCUGGCAUGGAGGUGGAAACCAUCUGCAGGUACAAUUUGCCAAUCAUACUCUUAGUAGUGAACAAUAAUGGAAUUUACCAAGGUAUUAAUACAGAUUCUUGGAAAGAAAUGUUAAAAUUUCAUGAUGCAACUACAAGGGUUCCUCCAGUGUGUCUCUUGCCAAAUGCACAUUAUGAACAGGUCAUGACUGCAUUUGGAGGCAAAGGGUAUUUUGUACAAACACCAGAAGACCUCCAAAAAUCCCUGAGACAGACCCUGGCCAACACAACUGAACCCUCUCUUAUCAACAUCAUGAUUGAACCACAAAGCACACGGAAGGCCCAGGAAUUCCACUGGCUCACUCGCUCUAAUAUGUAAAUAAAGAUGUCAGUUGAUGGUC